AUGAAGCAGCUUCUCCUCGCUGUUUUGCUCACAGCUCUCGCUACAGCUGCACCGAUGACUUCAGUGGAGCGCCGCGAUGGGACGACCGAAUUUGAUCCCGAUUAUGGCUUCAAGGCCAAGCGCGAUGGAAACACAGAAUUCGAUCCCGAUUAUGGCUUCAAGGUCAAGCGCGAUGGAAACACAGAAUUCGAUCCCGACUAUGGUUUCAAGGUCAAGCGCGAUGGCAACACAGAAUUCGAUCCCGAUUAUGGCUUCUAG